AUGGCAGCCACUGGUGUGGCCAUAGGGGUGAUCUUCUUAGUUCAGAUGGUGGUUGGAGUCCUAGGCAAUUUUUCUCUCCUCUGCCAUUAUCUGUUUCUUCACCUCACUGGAUGCAAGUUAAGGUUCACAGACUGGAUCAUGCAGCACUUGGUUGUAGCAAACCUUUUAACUUUGCUGUGUAAUGGAUUGCAACAGAUAAUGGGUGCCUUUGGCUUGAAAAACUUCCUUGAUGAUUUGGGGUGCAAACUACUUGUUUACCUUCACAGAGUAGGGAGGAAUGUAAUCAUGAACAGCACCAGCUUCUUGAGUGUCUUCCAGGUCAUCACAAUUAGUCCUAAGUCCUCCAGAUGGACAAAUCUUAGACUCAAAUCUCCAAGUUUCAUUGCUUCAUGUGUAUCCCUGAGCUGGAUCUUGUCCUUCACUAUAAACAUUGCAUUUCCUAUGGACUUGACAUCAAGAUGGAGUCAUAGAAACAUCACAAGCCUUAAAGGUUUUGGGUCCAAAUCUCUGGACAUGUUUCAUGCAGUAUUACUCACAGGCACAGAUGUCAUGUUCAUGAAAUUGAUACUCUGUUCCAGUGGCUAUCUGAUUUCCAUCCUUUACAGACACAAUCAGAGAAUGAAGCACAUUCACAGGAACAAUUCUCCCCCCAGGUCGUCCCCUGAGUCAAAAGCCACAAAGACUAUUCUGCUCUUGGUGAGCACCUUUCUCUGCUUUUAUACACGCUCGUGUCUCUUCCAAGUCAAUUUAGCUCUUAUGUACAAUCCAGAUGAGUUCAUGGUAAAUCUGUCUGCACUUUCUUCUGUCUUCGGUGGUUUCCCAGUUGUGAGUCCCUUUUUGAUUAUGAGCCUGGGCUCACGUUCAGACAUCAGGAAAUGA